GUCAAAUGCAUUUCCCUCCAUUCUCUUACGCUCUCUCUCACUCUCGUCCAUGGCGACCACCGCGUCUUCGUCUCUCCCCCGUAAUUACUCCUUCACACCACCUCGUCCUCCUCCAUCUUCAAUCCGUGGACCGGGAACGUUGCCGCUCUACCUCCGCCGUAACCGUCGAUUAGCUCUAACCUACCGAUUGGAUAAGAAUUCGAAGCAGAGGAGUGGUGUUGGAAACAUCAGAUGUGAGGCGACGGAGGUUUCUUCUUCUUCCUCUGCUGUAUCUUCGCCUGGAAGGAAUUGGGUGCCGGUUGUGCCGUUAUCAGCGCUUCCUAAAGGUGAGCGACGAGUGGUUAUUCAAGACGAUGAGACGAUAUUGUUGCUUUGGUAUAAGAACGAUGUGUUUGCAAUUGAGAAUCGUUCUCCAGCUGAAGGAGCUUACAGCGAAGGACUUCUCAACGCUAGGCUCACUCAGGAUGGUUGCAUUGUGUGCCCAUCAACAGAUAGUACGUUUGAUCUUAGAACUGGAGAGAUCCGGGAAUGGUACCCAAAAAACCCGGUUCUCAGAGUCUUGACACCUGCACUGAGAAAACUAUUUGUAUACCCUGUCAAAUAUGAUGAAGAUAACAUCUACAUCAGCAUUAGAGACAGCGGGAGAGCAGAGGCAGCUGCAGAGAUCGUCUUUAGUGGAAAAGCUCAGCCUGGGCUCACAGCAACAAAUGUCAAUGUAGAUGAGGUGAGAAUGGUAGUGGACGAGGGUUCAGAAGGAUUUGGUUUCACAAAGAAGAAUGAAGUCAUAAACGGGAAGGCGGCAGUGAUAGGAUUCUUGCUGCUGUUAGAUUUUGAGCUUUUGACAGGUAAAGGUCUAUUGAAGGGGACAGGGUUCUUGGACUUCCUUUACGCUGCUUCAGAUGCUUUCAAGUAGAGAAUAUAUUAUCGUUGGUCUGGUUUUGCUUGCUUCGUUUAUGCAAUCUGCCGACAAACAAAAAUUACUCCUGUAACAACUCCCACCGUGUCUUUGUCCAUAGAGAUGGUUUUGCUCUGUCUUUGUUUGUGUGAUUACCUUCUUAUACGAGAUUCUUUCUUCUCCGUGA